UUUUACAAGCCGGGACAAGAAGUAAAAAUACGAAUUUUGGCCUUCUCUGCCGAUCUGAAGCCUUACAUGUCUACCAUUGAUAUACACAUUAUGGACCCACGUGGAAACUUACUUGAGCAGUGGAUGGAAGAGGAAGCUGAAUUAGGAGUUGUAUCAAAGAGUUUUCAGUUAAGUGACAAUCCGCCACUUGGAGACUGGUCGAUAAAAGUAAAAUUACAACAUCAACCUUAUUAUCAAACAUUUACUGUAACCCAGUAUGUUUUACCCAAGUUUGAAGUUCUUCUGUCUACUCCCUCAUAUCAGUCAAUAAAAACUGGGUCAUUAGAAGGAACAGUUACUGCCAAGUAUACCUAUGGC